CCGCGAAACGCCGCCGUCCGGGCAGUGGCGCCGCAUCGACGGAGGCGGCCACCGUGGCUCGGCUUGUUGCUCUUUCCUCCUCGCACCCGUCGGAUCCGCUCCUUUGCCUGCACCCUGUGGACGUGAACUUCUUAACGGUGGACCAUAAAGACUAGUUUGAAGAUGGAAAACCAAGAACCAAAGGAUUCGUCUCCAACUGCCAAAGAGUCGAUUAUUUCAGAGGAGUUAAUUUCAGAAGGAAAAUGGGUCAAGCUUGAAAAAACAACCUACAUGGAUCCUACUGGUAAAACUAGAACGUGGGAAACCGUGAAGCGCACAACGAGGAAAGGACAGGCUGCUGACGGUGUGGCCAUUAUCCCCGUGCUACAAAGGACUCUUCAUUAUGAAUGUGUCGUUCUGGUGAAACAGUUCCGACCACCCAUGGGUGGCUACUGCAUAGAAUUCCCUGCAGGUCUCAUAGAUGACAACGAAAGCCCGGAAGCCGCUGCCCUGCGGGAGCUGGAGGAAGAAACCGGUUAUAAAGGUGACUUUGCGGAAUGUUCUCCAGCGGUGUGUCUGGAUCCAGGUUUGUCCAACUGUACUGUGCACAUCGUGACGGUAACCAUUAACGGAGACGAUGCCGAAAACGUAAGACCUAAACCGAAGCCUGGGGAUGGAGAAUUUAUAGAAGUGAUUUCCUUACCAAAGAAUGACCUGCUGAAGAGACUUGAUGCCCUGGUAGCUCAAGAACAUCUGACAGUGGAUGCCAGAGUCUACUCCUAUGCCCUGGCACUGCAGCAUGCAAACACGAAGCCAUUUGAAGUCCCCUUCCUGAAAUUUUAAGGCCAGAAAUGGACACCUGCCAAAUGGUUUCACAGGCAUGACCAGCUGGCCGCCCUCACUCAGACUUGGUAUUCAACAUAAUUUAAUGCAGAUUUGAAAGUUAGCUCUUUUUCACACAAUAAAAACCAACAUAGAAUGCA